AUGGAGAUGUCCAGGAAGAUCUUUGUCAGUGCCCUCCUGUUUGUCCUGUAUGUGGAGAUCUGCUCAGCUCAACACUGGUCCUAUGGGCUGCAACCAGGAGGAAAGAGGAAUGCUGAAAACCUGGUGGGGUCAUAUCAAGAGAUUGCAAAUGAAAGGGAAAAAGUGGGGGAAGUGCAGAAGAGUGAAUGCCCAGGCUCACAUCAGUAUUCCAGGUUCAGUGAUCUGAAGGAAGCUAUGGUAAGUAACAUGUUUGCUUCUUUUAUCACUGUCAGAAAAUUAGGGGACUAG